AUGGGUGCAUUAAAGAUACAUCAGAAAAGACACAGUGAUGUGAAGAAUCAUUCUUUUGGGAAGUCUUUUUUUACAGAUAGUGACCUGACAGUGCACCAGACAGUUCACACUACAGAAACACCUUACAAGUGUUUACACUGUGACAAGAGAUUCAAACGGUCAGAAUAUCUGAGAAUACACGAGAUGAUCCACACUGGAGAGAAACCACACACAUGUGAACAAUGUGGGAAGAGCUUCAGACUAAAAGGAAAUCUUAACAAACACAUGAAAAUCCACACUGGAGAGAAGCUGCACACAUGUGAUCAGUGUGGGAAGAGUUUUGGACGAAAUGGAAAUCUUAACAAACACAUGAAAAUCCAUACUGGAGAGAAGCCGUACAAAUGUGAUCAAUGUGGGAAGAGUUUUACACAAAAAGAUUUCCUAAAUGUUCACAUGACAAUCCACACUGGAGAGAAGCCGUACACAUGUGAUCAGUGUGGGAAGAGUUUCAGAAUAUCAAGUGUUUUUAAAAUGCAUCUGCGUACUCAUUCUAGUAAAAGACUUUAUAACUGUGACCAGUGUGGUAAACAUUUCUUUAGGGCAAGUGCCCUAAAUAGGCAUCUGAAAGUUCAUACAAAGGAGAAGCCUCAUCUGUGUUCUUUGUGUGGAAAGAGUUUUAGUGAACGGGACGCUUUAAAAAUACACCAGAAAAGACACAGCGGUGUGAAGGAUCAUAUUUGCUCUGAGUGUGGGAAGGCUUUUUUUACAGAUGCUGAAGUGAAAAUGCACCAGAGAAUUCACACUACAGAAACAGCUUACAAGUGUUCACACUGUGACAAGAGAUUCAAACGGUCCGUAUAUCUUAAAGUACAUGAGAGGAUCCACACUGGAGAGAAGCCGUAUCACUGCCAUUCAUGUGAAAAAAGUUUCACUCAAUUAUCUUCUCUAAACUGUCAUAAAAAAAAGAUGCACAUCUGAAAUUACAAUAAGUAGUUUGUGACUUUUUAAGAAACUUUGAGUAAACUGAAUUGAUCUUUAAGUUUUAUUUCUUUCUCAAAUGUUAUCAUUACACCAGUUUUGCUUAGGACUAAAAAAGAAAAACAAAAGGGCAUCUAUUUCAGAGACGAAACUAUUAAUCUACAAACUCAUUACUUGUUUAAAAUUAGAAAAACAAUUCGAUUAUUUAAUACAAAUAAAUAUUUUAUAUAUUCAUCAAUAAAAUGGAUUUCAUAGGGCCCUAGUAAUCCUGUCUGCUACAUCAUGAAGCUGUAACAGGAAAGGAGACAGCAAGCUGUGGC